CCCGGCAGCAGGAAGUGACUCGCAGCCGCUGCGGGGACUCUGGCUCCAGGCUCCUGGCGAGAUCCCCGAGCCCCGGCGGCUGGUGCUGGGAGCCCGGAGCCCGGGCUGCAGCCGGGAGAGGGGAAUCUCCAGCAGGGCCCUUCCCGCUGCUCCCCAGGAGCCUCUCCCAGGGCAGAGCCCCCAGCCCGGCCAGGCCCCUUCCCGGCCCGGCCCCUGCCCCAGGGGGCCCCGCUCGGAGGGAAGGCUGAGGAUCGCGUCCACAUUUUGCUUCAGAUCGUCCCGACUUCCAGGAGACAGGGCAGGGUAAUGGCUGUGCUGGAGCCAGCUCAGAUGCCGGUGACUUUCGAGGAGGUGGCUGUGUAUUUCACCCAGGGGCAGGGGUCUCUUCUGGACCCCGCUCAGAGAGCCCUCUACAGGGACGUCAUGCAGGAGAACUACGAGACGGUGACCUCGCUGGGAUUCCCCAUUCCCAAACCUGACCUGAUCAGCCGGAUGGAACGAGGGGAAGAGCCGUGGGUGCCCGAUCUCCAGGCCUGUGAGGAAAGAGAGAUCCCGAGAGGCGCCCACACAGGUGACGAGACAGUGAGUGAGAAUGAGGAGGUGAAUCAACAGCAGGAUGUUCCUGGGUCUGGGGAAUCACAGGGGACCUUUGUGAGAAGAGCUGAAGGGAAUUUUCCCCAGUGCUUGGAACAGGGAGAAGCCUGGGGAAAUUGGCAGAGGUCAGAGAGGCUGCCGGGAAUCCACUCAAAGGAGCAAAUGGAUGAAUCUGUUAUAUAUGUGGAAGGACACAGGAAUCCCACAGACCAGCAGACAACCCCCAAGGAAGACAAACAUUAUAAAUGCCUCGGUUCUGUUACGCUUCAAGCAAUAAAUACUGGAGAUAAAACACUUCAAUGGUUGGACUGUGGGGAACACUUCAAUAAGGGCUCAGAUCUUGCUAACCAUGGGAGAAGCCACCCGGGAGAGAGACCCUCUCAGUACCUUGAGGGCAGCAAUUGUUUGAUUUGGAAGUCAGCGCUGAUUAGACAUCAGAAAAUCCACACAGGGGACAGACCACAUAAGUGUUUAGACUGUGGGAAAAGUUUCACAUGGAGAUCAGCCCUUAUUAGACAUCAGGCAAUCCACACCGGAGAGAGACCCCAUAAGUGCUUGGAGUGUGGGAAAAGUUUCAAACAGAGGUCAGUCCUUGCAAAACAUCAGGCAAUCCACACAGGAGAGAAACCCCAUAAGUGCUUAGACUCUGGGAAAUGUUUCAGACACAGGUCAACCCUUCUUAAACAUCAGGCCAUCCACACAGGAGAGAAAUCCGGUAAGUGUUUGGACUGUGGGGAAAGUUUCACACAAAGAUCAAAUCUUAUGGCACAUCAGAGAAAACACACUGGAGAGAGACCCCAUAAGUGCUUAGACUGUGGGAAAAUUUUCAUACAGAGGUCAGCCCUUGUCCAACAUCAGAUACUCCACAAAGGAGAGAAAUCCCAUAAGUGUUUGGACUGUGGGAAAAGUUUCAUGAAAAGAUCAAAUCUUAUGGCACAUCAGAGAAUACACACUGGAGACAGACCCCAUAAGUGCUUAGACUGUGGGAAAAGUUUCAUACAGAGGUCAAACCUUCUCGUACAUCAAACAAUCCACACUGGAGAGAGACACCACAAGUGCUUAGACUGUGGGAAAAGUUUCAAACAGAGGUCAGCCCUUAUCCAUCAUCAGGCAAUCCACACUGGAGAGAGACCCCAUAAGUGCUUAGACUGUGGGAAAAGUUUCACAUGGAGGUCAAACCUUCUCGUACAUCAAACAAUCCACACUGGAGAGAGACCCCACAAGUGCUUAGACUGUGGGAAAAGUUUCAAACACAGGUCAGGUCUUGUCAAACAUCAGACAAUCCACACUGGAGAGAGACCCCAUAAGUGCUUAGACUGUGGGAAAAGUUUCAGACACAGGUCAACCCUUCGUAAACAUCAGGCCAUCCACACAGGAGAGAAAUCCCAUAAGUGUUUGGACUGUGGGGAAAGUUUCACACAAAGAUCAAAUCUUAUGGCACAUCAGAGAAUACACACUGGAGAGAGACCCUAUAAGUGCUUAGAAUGUGGGAAAAGUUUCAUACGGAGGUCAAACCUUGUCCAAUAUCAGAGAAUACACACUGGAGACAGACCCCAUAGGUGCUUAGACUGUGGAAAAAGUUUCAAACAGAGGUCAGCUCUUCUCAUACAUCAAACAAUCCACACUGGAGAGAGACCCUAUAAGUGCUUAGACUGUGGGAAAAGUUUCACACAAAGAUCAAAUCUUAUGGCACAUCAGAGAAUACACACCGGAGACAGACCCCACAAGUGCUUAGAUUGUGGGAAAAGUUUCAUAUGGAGGUCUGACCUUGUUAAACAUCAAGCAAUCCAUACAAGUGGUAGACCAUAAGUGCUUGGACUCUGGGAAAGGUUUCAAAAACAAAUCAGCCCUUCUAAACAUCAGGCAAUCCACACAUGAGAGAGAUCCCCAUAAGUGCUUAGACUGUGGAAAAACGUUUCAAAUAGAUGUCAUCCCUUUUUUUUACAUCAGAGAAUCCACACAGAGGAGAGACCCCAUAACUGCUUAGCCUGUGAAAGACGUUUUAAAUGGAGGUCAGAACUUGUUUCACAUCAGGCAAUCCACACAGGAGAGAGACCCCAUAAGUGUCUGGACCAUGUGAAAAGUUUCACCCAAAGAUCAAAUCUUAUAACAUUCAGAGGAUCCACACAGGAGAGAGAUCCCAUUAGUAAUCAGACUGGAAAAAGAUUCAUAUGGAAGUCAGCUCUUAUUAAACAUCAGGCAAUCCACACUGGAGAGAGACCCCAUAAGUGCUUAGACUGUGGGAAACAUUGCAGAAACUGAUCAGUCCUUGUUUUACAUGAGAGAAUCAGGAAGACUCCAUAAGUGCUUGGACUGUGGCAAAAGUUGUACACAGAGAUCACAUCUCAUGAAACAUUGGAGAAUUCACACACGAUCUCAACUUCUGUGAGAGCUGGCCCGAAAGAGUUAAGAACCUUGCCAGCUAAUUGACCCAGCUUCAACCUUUAGAGACAUGUUAGAAAAGUGUAUAAAUGGUAUCUGGGGCCAUUCCAAGUAAUAUUGACUAGAACUUUGAAUUGUAACCUGGUAUUGUUAAGAAAUUGGAAGAAGAUAGUAGUGCUGUCGAUUAAUUGCAGUUAACUUGCGUGAUUAACUCAAAAAAAAUCAUCGUGGUUAGAAAAAUUAAUCUUGAUGAAUCACAUUGUUAAACAAUAGAAUACCAAUUGGAAUUUGUUAAAUGUUUCUGGAAGUUUUUCUACGUUUUCAUAUAUGUUGAUUUCUAUCACAACAAGAAUAGAAAGUGUACAGUGAUCACAAAACAAAAAUAGUAUUUUUCAAUUCACCUCAUACAAGUACCGUAGUGCAAUCUCCUUAUCAGGAAAGUGUAAUUUAAAAACAUAGAUUUUAUUUCUAUAAGUGCACUCAAAAAUAAAGCAAUUAAAAACUUUA